CUUAGACUCCAUACCACCUCGACUUCCUAUACAUCUGAGUGAGGCUUGACCAACCGGAAAAUGGACGCACCAGCCGAAAUGAGACAUUAUCCGACUGUCACCAUCUCCGCCUUCGAUGAGACCGGCCUAGAGAAAUCGUCGGUUAGAGUUCCAAAGCAACGGACCUUCAGAGGUCAAAAGCCAAUCAUACCAUCUUCUCUCGCUGACACUCCAUGUCACGACCUUGGUCUUGAUGGACUUUUAGAACAUCUCAACAAGAUCCUCGUCACCACAUGCACACUGGAUGACCAUUCCCUAUCCUCCCUUCUCGAAGAAUGUAUCUUGAAUGACUAUGACUUUGGUACCGCGUAUGGCCUUCUCCGUCCGACAUGGUACACUAAAAACUGGAUCGCCAUUCAAGACAAACUAAGCAUCUGCGAAGCGCAAGACAAUGUGACGCGGAAGGGGGUGUUGAUUAAUGACCGAAUCAUCACUUGCGAAGUGCCCCCUCAACGUAAGCGCUUUUCGGCGAUAUCACAUUCAUGGGUAGAGGAGGAAGAUCGCGUAGAUUUAUGGACACCCAUUAACAGGAAGGAGUGGCCCGUGCCUAUCCCGCGAGAUGCUAACCUAAAGCUCAUCCGGAUUGAGAUGCUCAAUCUCGGUGCAGAGUAUGUAUGGUUGGAUGUUCUUUGUUUGAGGGAGAGAGAUGGACCGAGGGAAGAUCUGCGCGCGGAAGAGUGGAGGGUGGACGUGCCCACUAUAGGACAUGUAUACCAGGAGGCCGAGAGGGUGGUGUGCUACUUCAGCGGGCUGGGACGGCCUUUGGGUUUCAAGAAAGGGGACUUGGACAGUAAUCGCUGUUGGUUCAACCGUGCGUGGACACUGCAGGAGGGCAAGGAGGAUUCAAUCUUUGGUGGAGACAUGGGCAAUGGGGGAAACAUGGAAGAGGAAGUGCGAAAAAGGUUUCAUGAGCAAGUGUCGGUGUUGAAGGACACACGGUGGGCUUUACAGCACGUCUUCCGUAUGCUCUCCCAAAUGCAGAUGCGAGUAUCGACAAACCCUGUGGAUAAGAUUGCCGCACUGGCAUAUCUUCUGUUGUCGAGAGAAAUACCGGCAUACCGUGAGGCGCAGUGUGAAGAGGAUGCUUGGACGGCACUGGUGAACGUGAUAUCGAAGAGGUAUCGGGGGCAGCUGUUCUUCCUAUAUCCCGAGCCUGGGAAUGGAAAGAGAUGUUGGCGACCGUCGUGGGACCAGGUCAUGGCU